CCUAAAGCCAUCAUCAUGGUCUCUCAUGGUCAUGUCGCGAGGAACCAGUACGAGCAGAUGAACAGCGACGUAACCAUGAAGUGCGGCUCCCUGGACAACGACGCGUCGGUGUCGUGGAAGGUGAACGGCACAGACGUGAAGGCGCAGCACCGUCUGGUGGGACCCCGACUCAUCCUGACCCAAGUGAACCUGGGCCACAACGGGCUCUACAGCUGCUUUCAGAACCCACACGGCGAGCGGCGCGACACCAUCACGCUCCACGUCGGCACUCCCCCACACGAGCCCACCAUCACUUGUCGAUCCAACACGUACCCUAAAGGCUUCUACUGCAGCUGGUACCAGCUGUCCCCGACGUACAUCCCCACUACGUUUGAAGUCGACGUACAACACUACCAGCGUUCACUGGAGGUGCAGAAAGAUUCUGUCCACAAGAACCGCUGCCACGUACGCUUCCCUGAGGUCUUCUCCAGCUUCCCUUACAAAGUCAACGUGACGGCAGUCAACGCGCUGGGCAGAGCGUCCAAUGUCAUCUCCUUUGAGGAAUCCAGUAUAGUCAAACCAGACCCUCCAGAGCGUGUGACAGCGACCCCGAUCCAUUUCAACCCCCGGAGGCUGGAGGUAACCUGGCACAGCCCUGCCACCUGGCCCGACAUUGACAACUUCCCUCUGAAGUACUUCCUCCGAUACCGGCCGCUCAUCCGUGACCAGUGGCAGCAUGUGGAGCUUUCCGACAGCACCUCCCACACCAUCACUGAUGCUUAUGCUGGGAAAGAAUACAUCAUCCAGGUGGCUGCCAAGGACACCGAUAUUGGAACGUGGAGUGACUGGAGUGUUGCCGUUCAUGCCACACCCUGGAUUGAGGAUCCCCUGCCCAUCACUUCCACAACCGACGUGGUCACGCCUACCGAGACUAAGACGUCUCCCAUACCAUCGUCCAACGCACCACAGAAGGCUGGACCUCCAGUGGGCAGAGCUGCCAGGCUCCUCACCUUCUUCUACCCUUUGCUGUUAGGAAUGCUGCUGCUGGUCAUGUGGUGA